CUGUUUGCGGGCCGAAUGCAGGCUUCGCUUUGCUUUCUUGUGGGUGUCGUUCACGCGCUUUGCUCCGAAGAGGAAAAGUAUAGUCCUCGACUUCCAAUCCCAAUUGAACUGGAAUCUUCUUGUAGUUGGCACAAAGCAGUAAUUAAGCUGGAUGUCACGUGACUGUUUCCGCUCAAUGAGUGCAAUUGUGGAUUAAGACGGAAAGGAAUAGAAGGUUGCAAAGGAACAAUGAAAACAUUGGUCAUUGGACUUGGAGGUGUAACGAAUGGAGGCAAAACAACUCUGGCAGGAAAGUUGAAGAAACUGCUUCCCAGUUGUACUAUAAUUUCCCAAGAUACAUUUUUUAAGGUAACAAGUUUUAAAAAAUUUACACAUUUGUCUCUUUUAGUACUUGAUGCCUUGUACAUGGAGACAAUGGUGGCAAGCAUACGUUCUUGGAUGACAAAACCAGAAGACUCUGCAUUGCCAAGACCACCCAAUAAUACACAUGAUGAUCAGACAGGAGCAAAAGAUAUUCGGGUCUUAAUUAUUGAAGGUUUCCUUCUGUUUAACUACAAGCCCCUUAGUGAUAUAUGGGAUAAAAAAUAUUUCUUAACAAUUCCCUAUGAAGAGUGUAAAAGGCGAAGAAGCAACAGAAUAUACAAUCCACCAGACCCACCUGGUUACUUUGAUGGACAUGUGUGGCCUAUGUAUCAGAAACACAGGAGAGAAAUGGAAGAAAAUGAAGCAAGCAUCGUUUAUUUAGAUGGAACAAAACCACAGGAAGACCUCUGUUCAAGGAUAUAUAAUGAUAUAAUGCAGGAAUUGGAAAAGACAAGUGAGCAAGGCAUUAUUAUGCAUGCAUAAAACUGGUUCCCAACCUGGAGAGUUUCAUUACAACCACUUAACUUCGUUAAUGAAUCACUGAAGAACAUCCCAGGCCACCAGUGCCAGUUGACAGAAAUCAGUAAAAAUUAAAUGAAGAUUGGCUCUUCUGUACUAUGGGAUAUAUUGUUUGUGGUUCAGUACCAAAUCAGUUGCUACAAUUCCUGUAACUCCAUUAAUUUCUUCUUAAUAUUGUCAAAAACUUAGGUUGUUAUAUUUUAUAAUUGUCUCUGUACUAAAUAAAGUUGGAGGUCACUUUUUGUAUAUAUUUGUUUAUGUAUUUUUUGGUCACUUGUUAACUUUUCCCUUUUUAUCCUUUUCCUCCUUU